AUGACCACGUCGGAUACGGGUGCUAUACCACAGGAUCGUAAGCUCCACGACCCAAAUGUGACCUUUGACGAGUACCUCUACUUUGCCAAACAAACACGAGCAGAAGAGGAUGCUCGCCCGCGCACUGGACGCGAGACGUCUUUUUGGUCUCUCAUCUUCCCAUCCAAGUCGGAGGUAGGUGUUGCUCAAAACAAUGGUCCAAGUGAAAUGAACCACAACAGUCUUGCCAUCGUGAGUAAGGAUGAGUGGGCUGACGCUUCGCGUGCCCUACGAACGGCGACCAGAGGUGCCAGCUUCUACCUCAUCACCACGGAUAUUCUGGGCCCAUUUGGCCUUCCAUAUGCUUUCGCUACAAUGGGCUGGGGGCCCGGCAUCGCACUCUACACUGUGUUUGCAGCCCUCGCCGGCUAUUCAGGUUGGCUACUUUGGGACAUGUUUCUAGGGCUGGACUCGUACCAAUACCCAGUCCGCAGCUUUGGGGACAUAGGUUACCGCCUAUACGGACGGUGGUUGCGUCAUAUCUUCAACUUUUUACAGUCCAUCCAACUCUUGCUAAAUGUCGGACUGAUCGUCAUCUCCAAUGGUGAGGCACUCUCGCAGGCUGCCAGAUUCAGACUUUGCUUUGCCGUCUGCUGCCUUGUCUGGGCUCUCAUCGGUAUGGCUGUCGGCCAGAUUCGUACGCUGCAGAAGUUCGGGUGGCUCGCCAAUGCCGCCGUGUGGAUCAACCUCGCCUGUAUGUUUAUCACAAUGGGGGCUGUCGCUCAUGCGCUACCUAACUACGCUGGGGCAUCCCAAAGCGCUGGCGCCGUGAUUGAUAAUGGCACACUUAUCACGCCUGAUGCCGAGGGAAAUUGGCCGCCGGUUCAGACGAGUGGUAGCCUUCCCGGCUCCGAUGGUUUUACUGGUUCUGUGUCAGGCGCCAUGCAGGCCAUUUUCUCAUAUGGUGGCGCAAUGGUUUUUCCUGAGUUCAUGGCGGAGAUGAAGCGGCCGAAGGACUUUCUCACCGCUAUGUGGGCUGCACAAGCAUUUAUCUAUUUCUGGUACAUGUUCUACGGUCUUUUUAUAUACGGCUACCAGGGCCAGUAUGCCAUCAAUCCUAGCUACCUCGGUGUCAGCCAGUACAGCCUCCAAACAGCGGGUAACGUCUUGGCUAUGGUCAGUGCUACUAUAGCAGCAGCUCUCUAUGGCAAUAUCGGGAUAAAAGUCAUCUAUAAUGCUAUCUUUGUUGAGUGGUUCCGAGCCCCAACACUUACGAGACCAUUCGGCAAGGUGGCCUUCGGGAUGCUGGUGCCCUUGUACUGGUCUACCGCCUUCGCCAUCGCAGCGGGCAUUCCUAACUUCUCGGGAUUGACGUCGGUAGUCUCGGCGGUGUGUAUCUUGCAGUUUACCUACACAUUUCCGCCGAUAUUGGCGCUGGCCUUCUAUGUCCGGAAGCAUGCGCUAGUUGACGGAGAAGGCUACAACCCGGCAACGGGUCGCACGACACACGGCGAUUCGGGUAUUCGUCGUUGGGUUCGUGGCUCCGUCGCCCGUAGGUGGUACGUCAACAUUUUUAACGUCUUCUACUUCCUCGGCUCCUUGGCACUGGCGGCUCUGGGCGCAUACUCGUCUAUUGAGGUCCUGAAAGCCGCCUUUGGAGACAACACGACCAACUCGUAUGUUUGCAAGAGCCCGCUGGAUGGCUCUUAG